AAGUCUGUCAUCCUUCUGUCCAGUUCCAGCUCUUACCGCAGUCCUAAGCAUGUCGUCACCAAUAGCGGCUUCUCUUUUUGCUUCUCAAUUAUUUUUUUUUAAUUCAGCUUUUUACACAAACAUAACUGUAGUUUGAUGGCCCCCAGUGGCCUUGAAUGGGACUCUCUGGUCUGCCCACUGAUGGGUCUUCCUUCAGCAUGCAAGUCCAUCUUCCCCACAGACAGUGAUAACCCAGAUCUCUGGUAUUGCCAAAUUCACUCUCUGUGGUCAAUGAGCUCUGCAGCAGGUUGCAGUACAGCUUCCAACACUGGGGGGAGCAAGAGAUGCAGACUGAGAAAGAAGGAAAAGGACGAUGAGGAAGAAGGGAGAAGCCAUUGGAGAAAGGCUAAGAAAGAGCAUGGAGGAUCAGGGAAAUUGAAAGAGGGAGAACAGACGGCAUUACAUAGAGCAGCAGUGGUGGGAAACAGUGACAUUAUCAAUGCUCUGAUCCAGGAAAGCUGCGCACUGGACAGACAGGACAAGGAUGGCAAUACUGCUCUCCAUGAGGUGUCCUGGCAUGGCUUCACUCAAUCUGUGAAAUUGCUGGUGAAAGCUGGAGCCAAUGUUUAUACCAAAAACAAGGCAGGAAAUACACCUCUCCACCUUGCAUGUCAGAAUGGUCAUGCUCAGAGCGCCAAGGUUCUGUUAUUGGGUGGAUCCAGACCUGACAGCAAAAACCAUGCAGGUGAUACCUGUCUACAUGUGGCGGCCCGCUACAAUCAUCUGGCUGUGAUUCGUAUUUUGCUGGGAGCAUAUUGCUCUGUGUCAGAGAAGAAUUUGGCUGGAGACACUCCACUACAUGUGGCAGCUACACUGAAUCAUAAGAAGGCGAUACGCCUGCUGCUGGAGGCUGGAGCAGACAGUCGCAUCAACAACAAUGCAGGUCUAACAGCUUUGGACCAGGCCAGAGAACACAACAACCCAGAAGUAGCUCUUCUACUGACUAAAGCACCCCAGGUGCAAAGUUUUGUGCGUGGCAGGAAAGCAAGGAAGAGGAGAGAUGAGCUGAAGGCAGAAGGUCGGGCCCAGUCAGUGCCUAGAAAUGCGAUGCUACCCUGUAAGAGUAGUGCAUCUGCUGCAGGCGACAGCCAGAGCAGUGACCAAGCUGCCUGCAAACACACUAAGGUAACUGAGUCUAACACCAGGAGAGGAAAGAACAGGAAGUGGAAAAAAAAGCCGUCCUUGUCUGACCCUCUGCACUGCAGAGAGACCAGGCACUGUGGAACCAUUCAUAAGAAGAAAGGUAAACUGCGUGGAACCGCCCCUUAUGUUUCCAUCCCUCCACACAACUUCAAAGCCUAUCAGCUGUACACACUGUACCGAGCAAAAGAUGGCAAGAUAAUGCAGGCUCCUCUGAAUGGCUGCCGCUGUGAGCCUCUCAUAAAUAAACUGGAAAACCAGCUGGAAGCUACCAAGGAGGAAAUGAAAACUGAGAUCCACAUCAUUCAAGACCAACUGAACACCAAGAUGGGCCAGCUCGACCGCAAGAACAAACACCAGAUCUGGGCUCUUGACAAGAUGACAGUGGAGAGAGCGUCAGCAGAGAGAAGCAGCUGUCUGAAGAGGAUCGAGCAACGGGCCCUGCAGGAACGACGUGAAGCAGAAAAGAGACAGCAGGCAGCUCUGGCCAGUGAACUGAAGAGCUGGUGUCUGUCCAAACUGCAGAACAUGGAGGGCCGUGUCACAGGAGAGCCCAGCAGCACCAAGUUACAGCACUCCUCUACUGUGGCCGAAGCUAAUGUAGCACCCUUCGCUGUGGUGCCCAUUGGACAAGGGGGCAGCUCCCAGUGCCUUGAGCACCACAGUGACCCUCCACUCCUGGAGUUCAGCCGGGAAGAGUCCAGUGUGGCAGAGGGUGGCACAGCCAGUCACUACUUUGUUGUUCAUGUGGAGAGCUCUCCAGGUAACAAAUCAGAUGACUCUCCCGCAGCAGCCAAGAACCCCCCAUCAUCUGUUCAGGUGGUUCGGCCAAAGGAGCGCUCUGUGACCUCUGCUGACACCAAGAGGAAGAACCAGGAGCUGAAUGAUGUGGACAUAAUGAGGAGUGGGGCCAGGAGCCAAAGAUCCAGCAGCUUCUCUCCAGCCACGGAGCGGCGCUGCAGCAGCAGAAAUGACAUAGGGAUCAGAGAGAAGGAAGGACACUGUGCUACAGGGAAGCACCAGAAGAAAUAUUUUCAGGGUAGGACUAAAUUGAGAGGGGACAUAAAGGUCAGGCCUCUAGAGGUCUUUGGAGGCCAGCCUACGUUUACUCAGGAGAGGGACAACAUGCAUGCCAUUGAGGUGACCCAGUAUUUCUUUGAGACGGUCACGACUCAGAUGGAGCGCUGGUAUGAGAGGAAGGUGCAGGAGGCUCAAUGGCAGGCAGAUCAGAAGGCUCAGACAGAGAAAGAUGCUCUGAUUAAUAGGAUUGCCUACCUGGAGGAUGAGCUACGUAUGCUGAGAAUGCAUCGGGACGAGGACUGUUAAGAUACAUCCAUUUGCUGGAGGGAAAAAAACACUGCUGAGAUCUGUCCAGCAUUGACCAAACAUCAUAUAAAUGUGAUUCCUCUUGAGGACCAGUAUACAAAACUGCAGAACCUCAGAACCACAGUCUUAGAGCAAAGUGCUCCAUUGGGGUGGUGUGGUAGUAUGAAGUUUUUAAGAUAAGAUGCACCCUGAUUGUAGAAGACUUUGUGAGGCAAAGGGUUUUAAAUUUGAUUCUGGAUUUGCCAAUGAAGCCAAUGAAUGGAAGCCAGUACAGAAGAAAUAUGCUGUCUCCUUCUAGUUCCUGUCUGAAGUUUUUUCGGACACCCUGAUAAUAAUGAAUUGCAGUAGUCCAGCCUAAAUGUAAUACAUGCAUGAACUAGUUUUUCAGCUUCGUUCUGAGACAGGAUGUUUCUAAUUUUGGAGAUAUUGUGUAAAUAGAAGAAAACAGUCCUACAUGUAUGUUUAAUUGUGGUGGAGGUGUGGUCCCUGGCUCAGCUGCAGGGGAGGGGUGGCGCAGUGAGUUCAAGGGGCAGUGCCAGGCAGGUGAGUGGACAGGUAGUCAUGUGGCACUGAUGAGCUCUCUACUGUUGUCAGUGAUGCUGGAGUGGAGAGGAGGAAAGGCUUUAGAAGGUGUGCGCAACGCUGGGAGAGAGCUGUGGUGAGAAGUGUGUGUGCCAAACCUUAAAAGUACACUGCUGUGUGUCGAGAAAUAAAAAGAAACGUUUCGUACACUGUUUGUGUGGGUCCGGUCCUUGUACAGUGGUGCCGAAACCCAGUCGGAGUAUGUCCGAGCCUCAGGCCGCGCCACAGGCGCAGCCACUCCAAAUCCUGGCCCAGAUGCUGGGAGAGAUGGCGACCGUGAGCCGUGAUCAGGCGGGCACACAACAGAAGCAGAUGGAGCAGUUGUGGGAAUAGCUGGACCAGCAGAUGCGGGACCUGGAGCAGCUGGUUGCAGUUGCUGCGCCGUGGGGCAUUGUUGGAGGCAGAAUGGAUGGAAGUGAGAUGUGUUCAUGGUGAUAUUCACAAGUAUCCUAUUGUGCCACUGAUAUUAAAAUACAAGGACAAAACACAUAGGAUUAAGGGUGCGGUUUGCUCGUGCCUGUCGCACCCCCUAAUUCUGGGUAUGAAUUGGCCAGUCUAAUAAACUGUUGUGGCAGUAUGUAGGGAUGCAAUUACAACCAUUAAUAGCCUCACUAGAAGGUCCCGCUAGCUUGGGAGGUUCACUUUAUGGGAGAUUUUCCACUGGAACAGUCUCGUGAUAACAUACUAGGCUCAGCCAAGUGAUAGAAAUUGAUUGUCACGUGGUGUGCCCUGAAGCCGUGCAGACCUCCCGACUAUGUGUUAUUAAAAGAUUUAUCGAGUGAGUCGUGACACUCAUGAGAGGAGGAAAGGCUUUAGAAGGUGUGCGCAACGCCAGGAGACACCUGCAGUGAGAAUCGUGUGUGCCAAACCUUACAGUACACUGCUGUGUCGAGAAAUAAAAAGAAACAUUUCGUACACUGUGUGUCUGGGUCCAGUCCUUCUACAUUAAUGUACGCUUUGAAGGACAUAUCCUGUUCAAAAAGUAUUCCUCAAAAUGUUACUGGAGGCCAAGGUAGUGUCAUCCAGAGUAGCCAUCUGGUUAGAGACCAUAUUUUGACGAUUUUUUUAUAACCUUAAUUUUCUCUGAAUUUAGAAGCAGAAAAUUCGAGGUCAUCCGGGUCGCUUUAUCUUUAAGACAUUCCUGCAGUUUAACUAAUAAGUGUGUGUUAUCUGGCUUCAUCGGUAUAUAAAGUUGGGUGUCAUCUGCAUAAAAGUGAAAAUGUAUACUUUGCUUUCUAAUAAUACUGCCUAACGGAACCCUGUAGAACUCCGUAACUAACGAGAGCAGUACCUUUAAUACCUACAGCAUGCUCUAAUCACUGUAAUAAAACAUUAUGGUCAACAGUAUUGAGUAAGAUAAAGGUCUGUAAAUUUCUCUUACUUUACUCACAUUUCACAGAAUGUAUUUUUAGUAAUAAGUCUGAUAUGAAUUAUUGUGGGGAUUUCAUUUUUAUGUACUGUUCUUUUAAUACACUGUAAUUGCACAUAGGGGGAGCAGUCAGGCUUCUGCACUGUGGAUAGUGGAGGCUUUAACUAGCUGUGGAAUCAAACAGUUUUCUUACCGUGUCGGGCAGUGUACAGGGACAUUCAGGCUGAUUCCUGUGAAUUCAAGACUGUGGACAUAUAUGUUUUCAGAGGGUUUUCCCAGCAGGUGAUCUAGUGGAUUUUUAGUGUCUCCUCUCUCUGU